ACACGGCAAACCGUACCAAGAGUGGAUCGGCGACAAAAGGAAACAACUUGAUAAAAUUGCUGAUUUCAACAAGAACGACAGGAAGGACACAGAUCCAGUACCUUCUAGGUUUGGAGGGUAUUGCAACCAUGGUGCUGUAUCGUUCCCGCCUUGGCACCGUCCUUAUAUGUUACUGGUUGAGCAAAUUAUUGGCACCAUAGCUGAAGAACUGGCGAAACAGAUCGAGCAACGCAAUUAUAGCGAAAGGAAUUUGUGGGUUCCAGCUGCGAGGCAGCUACGCUUCCCAUACUGGGAUUGGGCAGCAGAAGAUGUUGCGAGAAAUGGUCUUCCCCGGGUCCUCAAGGAGGAUAAACUGAAGGUUUUUAUGGGAGGCCGUAACGAAAUCGAGGUUGCGAAUCCCCUCUCUUACUACCCGUAUGUUGGUGAAAUACCACCUGACUUUCAGGACGUGGAGAGUGUAAAUGGAGUUUCAUAUUUUUCUCAGUGGCGUCGCAGCUUCCGGUACGCAGAAAGCUCACCAGAUGCAAAACGCAGUAACAUACAGGCUCUUGAAAGGGUACUUAAAAGAAAUGUACCUGACAUGAGGCGCAAAAUCGCGCUUCUAUUCACAUUUCCCAAUGGAGAAGAUUCUGCAAAAGCCUGGGAUGAGUUCUCCAACACUGCGAUGGAGUCCAAAAGAGAAAAUGAUCAAACUCUUAGAGGCUCGCUUGAAGGUGUGCAUAAUAACGUGCACAGUUACCUAGGCGGCAACGGGCAUAUGAGUGAUCCUGACUACGCGGCCUUCGACCCUAUCUUCUUCCUUCACCACAGCAACGUUGAUAGAUUAUUCUCCUUGUGGGAAUGGUGCUACCCUAAGUAUUGGAUGCAAGACGGUUAUACUUAUGAUGGUACAGCUUACCCCUGGACCCAGGAUCGGGGUACUUAUCAUCAAGUGUACAAUGAGCAAGUCCUCCCGAGAGGAAAUUUAGCUCCCUUCAGAACCGAAAAGGGAGAGUAUUGGACCUCCGAGCAAACACGUUUUCUGGAUCCAAAAAUUCCAGGCUUCCACCCUAAAUAUUACUCUUAUCCGGAGUUCGAAGGCAUCAAAGUCGACCUACCUGCUAAUGAUGCAAUGCGUAAUGCGGGCAGAAAUAAGAUAGCAAAGCACUAUGGAUUCAACCCCAGAGAUUCCGCACACAGAGGCAGGGGAACACACCCAUCAUUCCCAAUUCCCAGGAAUAUACCCGUCGGCAUUCCUGACAAUUAUGAAAUGAUACCACAAUAUCGGUCUUUCGUAGUUCAGGUCAGACUCUUAGAACACGCUUACAACAGGUCGUACAGCUUCAACUUGACGUACAAAACGCCCUCCGGAAGUGAGGAGUACGUUGGUUCGGUAUCUGUCUUUGCGCGAGCAGACCAUUCGCCCUGUGCAGAGUGCGCUUCUCGACGUGCUUCCCGUUCAGUUGUCCGCGGAGUCAUUCCUAUACCCGACACCUUGGUGGAGAAGAUCAUCAGUCUGAUCCUAGCUGCGGGAUCCUUCGAAGCCAUCUUGGGGAACAUUAAGAAAGGUCUGACUGGAGAACUCGUCGACUCCACAGGCCAGAAACUAGCCACUGCAGAAGGCGGUGAUGAUGCAGAGGAUGUACCAGCUGGCAGGUCAACGUCCGCGAAAGUGACUCCCCUCACUAUCUCGCUCUUGUCUAGUGCCAUUGCGGAAGAUGCAGAUGAUUCGGUCUACAUGCUAGACUCCAGCAACCAUGGGGAUAUCUUUAGUACGGGUGGCUGGCCACGCACGAGGACUCUCGCCUGGAAUGAACGAAUAUGCAUCUACAACGUAAAAAUAAAUAAGGCCGUGUUGUGACUUGUACGAUAGAGUUGAUGGGUAUUAUCUGUUG